AUGGCCAGUCAUCUCUCGCCUCCGCCAGGAGGCAGGACGGUCCUGCUCUUCGGCUGUCAGGCCCUCCACUUCGAUGCCAAGGAUUUCCAGCAUCUGCGACGGGUCAUCCUGGAUGACCCCGAGAAUCGCUGGGUGCUGGACGUGCUGGCCGAGUUGCCCGUCUACUGGCGCACCGCCGCCAAGUACCGGCCGGCGCUGCAGGCGCUGCCUGGCGAACAGCAGCUGCGUGAUUUGAAUCAGUGGAUCCGCACGGGAAAAGUGGCCGACCACCAUUUCCCGCUGCCCUACCUCCAGCAUGCCCCCCUGCUGAUGAUUACCCAUCUGACCCAGUUCUCCCGCUACCUGCAGACGACGCAUCCGGAGUAUGCCGCGCAUGGCGUCGUCGAUGCCGAGUCUAGUUCUGUGGUGGAGAUCGUGGGCUUCUCGUUUGGAUUUCUCAGCGCGGCGGUCGCGUCGGCCGUCGCGAAUCAGAGCCAGUUGCAGAAGUAUGGUGCCGUUGGAAUUCGGUUGGCCACCUUGCUUGGGGCACUGGGUGAUAUGCAUGAGAGCACAGAGAAGUUUACCUCCUUGACGACGGUCUGGAAGAAGCCGGAGUUGGAGGGAGAGCUGUCGCAUGUCCUGGAAGAUCAUCCGGAGGCCUACAUCACUGUGCGGUACGAUGUCAAUCGCGCGACGAUCAUGACGCCGAGAAGCAGCCUAGGCCGACUGCAGCAAUCGCUCCAGGCGGCGGGCUUCUCCGCAUACCACAUCAACUUCAACGGCCGCUUUCAUUGGCCUGGCCACCAGAAGUUGUUGCAUGAGCUGUUCGAGAUGUGUGAUGCCGAUGCGGCGUUGCAGCUGCCUGAUGCCUCCACCUUGUCGCGGCACACCUGGGCCAACAUAACCAAUGAGCCUAUCUACGAAGGCCCGCUGCACCAAGUUGUUCUGCGCUCCAUUCUGGCCCAACAGUGUCAAUGGGGCCCCACUUUCGCAGCCGUACACCGAGCCCAGUUGGAGAAUACGCAGUCGAUUGUCGUGGAGUUUGGCUCUGAGCGCUGCAUCCCGCCGUCCUUUAUGCGCGCCCUGGGAAGCCGGGUGGUGCAUUAUGCCGAUUUGAACCUGGAUUCCCGGUCACGCGUGACGCAACUUCAGUCGACGCCGACGAUCUACGACGACGACAUUGCGAUUGUUGGCAUGGCUUGCCGAGUGGCUGGUGCGGAUGAUCUCGAAGAGUUCUGGAAACUCCUGUGCUCAGGAGAAUCCCAACAUAUGGUAAUGCCGCCGCAACGAUACAAAGACUACGAAACACCGUGGAGGCCAGGCGCUAUACGUCCCUGGUGGGGAAACUUCGUCAACGAUAUUGAUGCCUUCGACCACAAGUUCUUCAAGAAAGUGCCGAGAGAGGUUUUGUCCCUGGAUCCGCAACAGCGUUUAUUUCUGCAGGUCGCCUACCAGGCCCUUCAGCAAGCCGGGUAUUUUCACAAGAAAGACGCCAGCAAGGACGUUGGAUGUUAUGUUACUUGCUGUACUGUGGACUAUGAGCAUAACGUGAACUGUCACCCCGCCACGGCCUACGCCGCCACGGGACUGUUGCGUAGCUUCAUGGCUGGUAAGGUAAGUCAUUAUUUCGGGUGGCGCGGACCAGCGCUGUGCAUCGACACGGCAUGUUCGGGCUCGGCCGUUGCUCUCCAUCACGCAUGUCGAGCGAUCCUCAGUGGAGACUGUAAGGCUGCGUUGGUCGGAGGCGCCAAUGCCAUCACGAGUCCAUUGGCUUAUGACAACUUGAACGGAGCAUCGUUCGUCUCUCCUACGGGGCCAUGCAAGCCAUUCGAUGAAGAGGCGGACGGCUAUUGCCGCGGAGAAGGAUUUGCGGCAAUCUAUAUUAAAAGGGUUUCCGAUGCUCUAGCCGAUGGCGACACGAUUCUGGGCACUAUUGCUGGCACCGCGGUAGAACAAAACGAUAAUUGCACUCCUGUCGUGGUUCCUCAUGCAAAAUCGCUGGCAGGCUUAUUCGACAAGGUUAUCCGCCAAGCUCACAUCCGCCCUCACGAGAUCUCAGUUGUAGAAGCUCACGGCACUGGAACACAAGCAGGCGACCCGGCCGAAUAUAGCAGCGUGAAGCAGAUAAUGGGUGGUCCACAACGAGCAGCUCCAUUGUCUUUGGGUUCGGUCAAGGGACUGGUUGGGCAUACCGAAGGGGUCUCUGGCAUGGUCGCAUUGGUCAAGGUGCUCCUGAUGAUUCAGGAAGGAAAGAUCCCACCGCAACCAAACUUCAAGACUUUGAAUCCACACAUCCAGGCUUCCGCUGAUGACCAGAUCGAGAUCAACACCCAAUUAAAACCAUGGCAAGCAGAAUUUCGUGCCGCGCUGAUCAACAACUAUGGUGCUUGUGGUUCUAACGCCUCCAUGGUGGUUACUCAACCACCUGUCUUUAGAUCCGGGGGCGGUGCCUCCGCUAUCCACGCUCCAGGCCUCUCCCUUCCUUUCCGGUUCUGUGCUUUAGACGAGCACCGUCUGCGUGAAUAUGCGCGCCGGUUCUACAGCCUCUUGCAACGUCAAGCUGUUUCUGCCAGCCAUCUCGCUUCUCUGGCUAAUGUCUCGUUCAAUGCUGCCCGACAGUCAAGCCCGACACUCGAUCGGCAUUUGAUAUUCAGCUGCAGCUCCCUCAAAGAGCUCGAGUCGAAAUUACUUUCUGUUAUCGAUGGAGACGAAAGCCAAGUCAUCCGCACAGCCAAGUCCGCCCGUCCUGUGGUCUUAUGUUUCGGUGGACAGGUGUCGACAUCGGUUGGUCUAGAUCGCACAGUAUACGACACAAUGCGAGUGAUGCGCAAUCAUCUCGACGAGUGCAGCAGGACACUAGAGUCAUUGGGGUAUGAAAGUCUCUAUCCCAGCAUCUUCGAGACCACCCCGAUUGCCGACCAGGUCAAGCUGCAGACCCAGCUAUUUGCUUUGCAAUAUGCCACUGCUGCUGUUGGCCAUAGCUUCGGGGAGUUGACUGCUCUCUGCGUAUCGGGAGCUCUGUGCCUCGAGGACGCGCUCCUGCUGUGGGGAACAGACCCUGGUGCCAUGAUUGCAGUGGAUGGUGAGCUUCACGAAGUUGAGAGCCUGCUUGCCGAAGCUGCAAAAUCUGUCUCGACUGGGACUUCUCCCGCCAGCAUCGCGUGCUUCAACGGUCCACGUAGCUAUACAUUAGCCGGAGCGACCGACGCCAUGAACGCAGUGCGUGUCAUGCUUUCCACCCAGCCAGCAUUUGCUCGUCUGAAGUACAAAUGCCUGGACGUGACAAACGCAUUCCAUUCUUCGUUGGUCGAUUCCCUCGUUCCAGAGUUGAAGAAGACAACGGAUGGAAUAACCUUACGUGAGCCAGCUUUGCAUCUGGAGCGCGCAACACAAGAGCCAUCCAGUGGCAUACCGUCUCUUGCUAUUGUGGCCGAACACCUCAGAAAACCGGUGUACUUCAGCCAGGCUAUUCAUCGCCUUGCCGAAAAAUACAAAUCGUCCGUCAACAUCACAAGUAAGAAUGGGAUCCAGAAUUUGACCGACAAUACAAUGGCACUGUGGAAGGAAGGGGUUUCUGUCUCGUACUGGGCACAUCAUUCCUCACAGACGCCCGAGUAUGACUUCAUCAUCCUACCGCCCUACCAAUUCGAGAAAAGUCGACACUGGAUGGACAACAAGCCUUUACCCGCAUCCAAACCCAUCAUAGAGACAGAAGCAAAAGAGGAGAAGUCUAAGACCCGAUUUCUAGGGUACCAAGACGCGGCAAAGAUGGUCGCCAAAUUCUCCAUCGAUACCAUGCAUCCCAGCUACCGUGACGCCGUAUCGGGACAUGUAGGUGCGCAAACGGCGCCGCUCGCGCCCGCUUCUUUUAUGCUUGAUAUAGUUGUUGAGGCACUGAGAAGUUUGCCAGAAGGCAAGGAGAGAGUACCCCAAGUGAAGAAUGUCACCAGUGAUGCACCGCUAGGGCUAGACGAGAAACAGAGCGUCCACAUCACACUGACCGCUCAGAGCACAGACAAGACACUCUGGGACAUGGCAUUUACCAGUGAGAGUCCCAAAAAUGGUGCUCGGUCACGCGUGUUACACUGCUCCGCUCGUAUCAAGAUGUUCAAAGCCGACGAUCCCACGCUUCAAGGCGAAUUCUCCCGCUACGGUCGCUUGGUCAGUCAUCGCCGAUGCCGGGAGCUUCUAGAAAGCUCCGACGUGGAUGAUAUUCUGCAGGGUCGGAAUGUUUACCGGGCGUUUUCCGAAGUUGUCGAUUACUCUGAAGCCUACCGUGGAGUCCACAAGCUGGUUGGCAAAGGGAACCAGUCAGCCGGUCGGGUGGUAAAGAAGUACUCCGGGAACACUUGGGCAGAUACAUUUCUGUGCGACUCGUUCAGCCAAGUUGGGGGGUUCUGGAUCAAUUGCAUGACUGAUCGGCCAGCUUCGCAGAUCUACAUCGCCAGAGGCAUGGAGCAAUGGAUGCGCACGCCACUGUAUGCUGACCCGAGCACGCCGCGCCCCGAAAUCUGGGACGUGCUAGCCACCCAUGAACGUGGAGAUGGCUUCUAUACCACUGAUAUCUUUGUCUUUGACCCUGAAAAAGGCCAGCUGGUAGAGACGUUCAUUGGAAUGAAGUAUUCAUGUGUUCCGAAGGCCGUCUUCAGCAAGAUCCUCAGCAAGCUGGGGUCCAAUGUCAUUCCCCAGCCGACUGGACAAGCAGUAGCUGCGACAAAGGCGGUCUCGCCACCCAAGGCGACUGUAAGUGAUCCAGCGUCGAAGGAAAAGCAGUCCAAACCGCAGGCUUCAAAUCUAGUUGCACGUAUCAAAGGCGUGGUAGCCGAAUUCUGCGCUGUGGACCCCAGUGAGAUCCACGACGAUGGGAACAUGGCUGAUGCGGGCGUCGAUUCGUUGAUGGCAAUGGAAUUGGCGCGUGAAAUGGAGGAAACGUUCAAGUGCACCUUGCCAGCGACUGAUCUUAUGGAGGCGGAGACGUUUCGCGACCUUGUGCGUGCUGUGCAGAAAGCGCUGGGAGUUGAUACGGUCGAUGCUGCAGCAGAUGCGGAUCAAAGCAGCGAUAGCAGCACCACUUCUUAUACUGAGUGUGACACGGAGUCAGAUGAGGCUAUCGAUGCUGCUACCACAGAGUCAGUGACUAGCAUGAGCACUGACACUCCCGAGCUACAUUUACCACACGACUUCAUCCUCGACGCUUUCGCGGAGACCAAGGCCCUGACAGAUCAAUUUCUCUCCGAAAAUAACUGCAGCGGGCGUGUGCUCAGCUUCAAUCCAGUGCAAAUGCAGCUGUGUGUAACCAUGACCCUGGAGGCAUUCGAAGAGUUGGGUUCAUUCAUUCGAAGCGCGCAACCUGGCCAGCGAUUGGACCGGAUCAAAUUCGACGCCCAGCACGAGGAGCUGGUGCAAUACCUUUAUCGCCGACUAGAGGAAGCUGGCCUGGUAGACUUGGUAGAUGGGGCUGUAGUUCGUACAAGCCUGGGGUGGACCACUAAAUCCAGCACUGCUAUGCUCGACGAGAUCAGCCGGACCUACCCCGAAUUCGUGGGUGCCAGCAAUCUUGCUUUUUAUACGGGUAGCAGGCUAGCUUCAGUGUUACGGGGCGAACAGGAUGGUCUGCAGCUUAUUUUUGGAACAAAAAAGGGACAAGAGCUCGUAUCGUGGAUGUACGGUGAGGAAUCGCACAAUGUCACCGGCUACAAGCAGAUGCUGGACUUCAUCCAACGCCUCGUACACAAGCUAGGCAGUCGUCCGGGGGCAGGCCCGCUGAAGAUCCUCGAGAUGGGCGCUGGAACUGGCGGUGGUACGAAGUGGUUCCUUCCUGGACUGGCAAAACUAGGAAUCCCGGUCGAAUACACGUUCACCGACAUCUCCCCUGCUUUCCUGGCACAGGCUCGUCGGCGCUUCAAGGAAUAUCCUUUCGUGCAGUACCGUGUGCAUGACAUCGAGAAGCCACCGGCUGACGACCUGGUUGGAACCCAACAUGUCAUUAUUGCCAGUAAUGCUGUGCACGCGACUUCAAACCUACAGGUGUCGACUGGCAACAUGCGUCGAGCAUUACGACCAGAUGGAGUGGUCUUGAUGCUCGAGAUGACUCGGCCACAGUUCACGAUCGAUAUUGUUUUUGGACUUUUCCGUGGCUGGUGGGUGUUCAACGAUGGACGCAAUCACGCUAUCACAAGCGAAAGCCGCUGGGAAGCCGACCUCCAUGCCGUGGGUUAUGGUCAUGUUGACUGGACAGACGGCCAUUCGCCUGAAGUGAGCGUUCAACGUGUACUCUUUGCUACAUCUACCGGAGAGCAACGGGCACGGCUUCCGCUGGGGCCCAAUCCGCCUAAUGUGAGCCUCCUUGCCAGUGUUGAUAAUGCUGCUAGGAAGCAGGCAACUGACAAGUAUAUCCGUCGCAGCAUUGAAGGCUUUACUAAACCGACAGUGACUGAUAUUCCGGUGACUGGAUCGGUCACUGUGCUGGUUACAGGCGCGACGGGGAGCCUGGGCAGUCACAUAGUUGCACACCUGGUGCAACUUGAACGUGACCCGUUUGAGCGACAGAAGAAGGCUUUUGCAGAGCGGGGUCUCACUUUGACUGCUGGAGACGUGAGCAAGAUUACGGUGAUUGAGACUGAGACAGCAGAGGCGAAGCUUGGUCUGCCAUACGAGCAAUAUCAUCUCAUACAGGCGACUGUCACUCAUAUCAUCCACAAUGCGUGGCCGAUGAAUGGUGCUCGUGGCCUGACGGGCUUUGACUCCCAGUUUCGAGCCAUGCGGAAUCUGAUUGACCUGGCUCGUGACAUUGCAGGUCUCCGGUCCCCAGGGGAUCGAGUUGGAUUCCAGUUCAUAUCGUCCAUCAGCACAGUCGGAUUUCGGCCUUUGGUGACUGGUGAGCCAGAGGUUCCGGAGGAUCGAAGCGUGAUCGACUGGGUGUUGGCCAACGGAUACGGCGAGGCUAAGUUUGUCUGCGAGCAGACGCUGCAGCAGACCUUGAUGAAGUAUCCCAGCCGAUUCAAUGCGAUGGUGGUGCGACCUGGACAGAUCGCAGGGUCCUCUCUCAGUGGAUACUGGAAUGCGGGGGAGCAUUUACCCGCUCUGCUCAAAUCGGCGCAGAGUCUCGAAGCAUUACCUGAGUUUAGUGUGGCAGCCACUUUGAGCGAGCUUCUCUUCGCCGAGCAGAGUCAAUCUGUUUAUCAUGUCGACAAUGCUGUUCGUCAACCGUGGCGAGAGAUGGUGUCUAUUCUCGCGCAAGAGUUGGGCAUACCCACGGGUAAUCUACUCCCCUUCCAGGAGUGGAUUCAACGAGUCCAGACUUUCGCUGGUCCACGAGAAGAUAAUCCGGCCGGUGUGAUGGCAGAGUGGCUGGCCAGCAAUUUCGAGCGCAUGUCUUGUGGAGGGUUGCUGCUGGCGACGACGCGUGCGCGCCAGGACGCGCCCACGCUGCGGAACCUUGGGGCUUAUUGGCGUCAGAUGGGUUUCUUAAAAUAG